AUGUCACCCCUGCAACUACAGCUGUUGGGGCUUGUAAGGUUCCACACCGGCAUCCGGCCGUCCGUGCAAGCCCCUGGCACGCACACCCCGGCACUGUGCGAGGAAGUAGUCAAGAAGCUGGUGGCACCAAAUCCAGGUGGCGUUUACGUGGAUGGCACCUUCGGGCGUGGAGGUCACACACGCGCAAUGUUGGCUGCAAUGUCACCCUCGGGCUCCCUCCAUGCCUUCGACAUGGACCCAGAAGCUAUCGCCGCUGGGAAGGAGCUGAUGAAGGCAGACUCGCGCUUCACCAUCCACCACGCGCCCUUCAGCUCCAUGAAGGCUGUGUUGAAGCCAUUGGGCGUGCGGAUUUCCGCAGUCCUCUUUGACUUGGGCAUCUCAUCGCCGCAAUUUGAUGAUGCUGGCCGAGGAUUCCGACCUGAGGCGGACGGCCCUUUGGACCUUCGCUUCGACCAGAGCAAAGGAAUCACUGCCUGGGACUUCCUGAUGACCGCCUCGCGCGAGGAGAUCAUUCGUGUCAUCUCCGAGUACGGAGAGACCUCAGACUUAACCGCGUCACAGCGCAUCGCAGAUGUGAUAUGCCUGGCACGGGCCAAGGAUGCGCUUCCGAAGCGCACUAGAGAGUUUGCGGCACUGGUGGCACAGGGCAAGGGCCCGGAGUAUCAAGCAAUGCAUCCGGCAAAGUUGACCUUCCAGGCGCUGCGAAUACAUCUGAACGGCGAGUUCGAUGAGAUGCGCAAAGGAAUCUCUGCAGCGUUUGGCUUGCUCGGAGAAGGCGGCCGGAUCGGCUUAAUCUCCUGGAAGCACUCCGAAUGUGCCAUCAUCAUGGACAUUUUUCGCUCCCUUGAAGCUGUCCGCGACAAGGAGCCACUUCUCAAGUGGUACCGCUCUUUACCAGAGGCAGAACAGCUGCCUGAAAGGUGGUCGAUGGAGAUGGACGAUAUUACCCGACCGUCGGAGAAGGAGCUGCAGACGAACUCCAGAUCCCGCUCCGCUUUGUUGCACGUUUUGCGAAAGCGGCGAAUGCCACGCUUGGCGGAUUUGGAAAGCCUCGUCUAUGCCUUGCCGGCGUGGUGCAAUGUCACCCAGCCUGCCACAAGCUCCACGCCGCCGAAAAAGAGGCGGCGAGCAGAAAUGGAGGCGGCUGUGAACUUGAUCUUUCAGAUAAUCAGUUGA